AUGCGCACCUCAUUUGUAACUCUCCUGCUCGCAUGCAGCAGCUACACUGCGCUCGCGUUGCCCUCGCACGGUAGCCUCGCUAAGCGAUCAUGCGACGCCAACGUCUGUAUUGUUCAGGCAAGUCGCCCUCUGCCUUCCCACAAUCCUUCUAACCCCUCCGGCAUCGCAUAUACUAACCACCAGAGACAACAGUGUAUUGCCCAGGGCUUCCAAUCCGGCAUGUGCGCCAGCGAGAACACCCCCUCCCUGCAACUCCUGGGCCUCGAGCUCCUCGGCCAGGCUUUGCCAGGCUGCAUGUGCAUCCCCACGAACAGCGGCUCCAGCGGCGCCACCAACGCCGCCAACGCCCCCGCCGCCAAUGCGCCGGCUGCCACGACGACCACCACUGCUACUGUAACUACCACCUCAACUGCCGUCCUGACUUCCACUUCCACCGCGACGACCACCGUCACCACCACUGCCACAGCCACUAACACCCAAGCCGCGAAUCAAGCAGCCCCAGCAGUAAACCCCCCGGCCCCGAGCACCGUCACCAGCACCGCCACCGUCACCACGACUGCCACCGAGACGGAGACGGAGACAGAGACGGAGACAGAAACAGAAACGCAAACGCGCACACAAGCCAACACCCGCACCAUCACCCACUCUGCCCCCACCGCCACAACAACUAGUACUACCUCCGAUGCAGAUGCAGCGGCUGCUCCUGCGGCCGCGGCCGCCGUUCAGACCGUGUACACGGCCACCACGACGAACCACAUCCCGUUCACGACGACGAAGACGGUGGUGGUCAAGACGACGACGACUGUUUGCCCGACUUCUUCUUAG